AUGUACAAGCUAGUCUAUGUGGAUGAUCUACUUAUCACAGGAAACGACAAACAAGCCAUUUCCGUCUUCAUCUCUCAGCUCGGCGCACGCUUCAAUCUAAAGCAUCUUGGGUUAGCAAAUCAUUUUCUUGGCAUAAGUAUUCAGUCUAACGCUAACUCAUAUUUUUUGUCUCGGCAAGCAUAUGCAGAAUCCAUCUUAUGUCAAGCAGGCCUUCAGACGUGCAAGCCGCUGGCCAAUCCUACGGCAACCAAAUUACCGACUGACUUCACGCCAGAUACCACACUGUCCAACCUGGCAUUUUACAGGCGGAUUACCGGAUCUCUUCAGUAUCUUACCUUAACUAGACCGGACAUCGCGUUCGCGGUCAACGUAAUUUCUCAAUAUAUGCAUAAUCCUUUAUAUAAUCAUGUCUAUCUGUUAAAACGCCUUCUCAGAUAUAUACAAGGCACUUGGCACUUCGGACUUCCUAUCACCAAAUCGGAUCUUCAGCUUCGCACCUUCUCCGACGCAGACUGGGCCGGCGAUCCGCUAUCCAGAAAAUCAACCACCGGACACUGCACCUUUCUCGGUACCACUCUAGUCUCUUGGGCAGUCAAGAAACAAACGACGGUGGCACGAUCAUCUACCGAAUCCGAAUAUCGUGCAUUAGCAACAGCUACCGCCGAUGUGAUUUGA